AUGGCGAGACCCACUUCGCGCGCGUACCUCCACUUCGCGCAGGCGCCGCACGGCGUCGUCGUGCCGACGGGCCCGGCUGCCGCGGGCGAGGAGUUCGACGAGUCGGACAUCUGGGGCGCGUUCGCCCCGAGCGCCGCGCCUGCCGAGCCGGCGAGGGCGCGCCCGUUUCUGGCCACGCAGAAGGCGCCGGCGCCGGAUGGCAGGGCCGCGCACGGGUCUCUGCCGGUGAAGAUCCCGGACUGGUCCAAGAUCCUGGGCCACGCGUACCGUCCUGGCUACCACUACGGCGGCGGCGCUGGGGACUGGGAGCUCGACGACGACGAGGAUUCCGUGGACCUGGUGCCGCCCCACGAGCUGGCGGGGCGGCGCCGCGCCGCGUCGCUGUCGCUGUCGAUGAACGGGGUCGUCGGCAGGACGCUCAAGGUCCGGGACGCGGUGUGGAAGCGGACCACCGGGUUCCAGGACUGA